CAGCUUGACACGCGUUAUUUCCGCGGCCUUGAAGGCGAGUAUAAUUACUUGCUGCACUUCAUCCUGCAGAAACAAGACGCGGAGCCAGGCGACUACAUCUGCCGUGUGCAGCCCAAGGCCGAGAAUUUUUGGCAGGCCAGCCGGUCCGUGACCUGCGAGGCCGAUCUCGAGCCAGGCGUGUACGAGAUCCUGCCCAAGAUCACGGCCUUGAAGGACACGUCCCGCGAGCCCGUCGAGGCCGUCGUGCAGGCCAAGGCCGACGUCAAGCCGCAGAAGCUGCGCCAGGUCGGCCUCAGCUUCGAUAUUGCACACUCCAAGGCGCUCAAAUCUGCUACAUCUCCGAAGGCGGAGGAGAAAGAGGCCGAGGCCGAGGCUGCUGCAGCAACCGCCCCCGAGUCUAAAGAGAGCGCCGCUGCAUCCGUCAAGUCGGAGAGGGAGUCAGUAAACAGCGAGGCCGGAGGCGACAAGGACGACGUGUCGAGCCUCGGCGGCGGCGACAACGAGCCCAAGGUCUGGAACGCCGUGUGCGUGAUUGGGCUCCGCGUCUACUCGCAGGACGAGGAGAUCACCAUCCAGCUCGCCGACCCCAAGAAUCCCCAGGAGGCGUCGAGUCUUGCGGUGCAGUGA